GCUUUGUCUGAGAAACGCACACAUGUUUAACAAAUAUAUUCCAUGUGUGAGAGUCUGAGAGAGAGAGAGAGAUGGCAGAGUCAGGGAGGUAUUGUUACAGGGAAGUGGUUCCAUUCUGUGCAAUGGUUGCAGUUGAGUGUACCAACGUGGGUGUCAACGUUCUUUUCAAACAAGCCACUCUCAAGGGAUUCAGUUACUAUGCAUUCAUCGUUUAUUCUUUCGCUCUCUCCACUCUUUUUCUUCUUCUCCCUCUCCCCUUCGUCUUCCGAUGGUCAAGAGGGCUUCCUCCAUUCAAUGUUUCUCUCAUCUUAAGAAUUUUUCUCCUUGGUACCAUUGGAUUUGUAGCACAGCUGAGUGGAUACAAAGGACUUGAAUACACUUCACCAACUCUCUUCUCUGCUCUUAGCAACCUUAUUCCGGCUUUUACCUUCAUCCUUGCCGUCUUUUUCAGGAUGGAGAAGAUUUCUCCAAAAAGUUGGAGCACUCAGGCCAAAAUCUUAGGUUCUUUAGUAUCAAUAUUAGGUGCACUCAUAGUUGUUCUCUACAAGGGUCCAACAUUGAUCUCAGCUUCAUCAUCACCACACCAGUCACCCCAUGUUGAUUUUCUAAAGGACUCAUCACCCCAGCAAAAUUGGGUUCUUGGAGGCUUCCUUAUUGCCAUCGAGUUUAUUCUGGUUCCAAUUUGGUAUAUUGUUCAGACCAAUGUGAUCAAAGACUAUCCAGCAGAGAUUAUUGUGGUGUUCUUUUACAACUUGUGUGGGACUCUCAUAUCUGCACCUGUGUGCUUACUAUUAGAUGAAUCAAACUUAAGUGGUUGGAUUAUAAAACCAGAUAUAACAUUAGUCGCCAUUUUGUACUCUGGAUUCUUUUGCACAGGCCUAAGCAGUUUGGUCCAUACAUGGGGUAUCCAUAUUAAAGGUCCUGUAUAUAUAUCAAGUUUCAAGCCUGUGUCUAUAGCCAUAGCUGCUGCUUUCAGUGUUAUAUUUCUUGGUGAUCCACUAUAUUUGGGCAUUGUUGUUGGAGGAGUAAUAAUAUCAAUUGGGUUUUAUGCUGUUUUAUGGGGUAAAGCAAACGAAGAAUUGAGUGAGUACAUUGAUUCAAGCCAAAGUCAACCCACAUCAAAAGUCAACCAGCCUUUGUUACUAUAGAAGGUCAAGUACAGAAGCUCAGAGAACAAGAAAUGAAUAAAAAAUUUAUAACAGAGAGCUAAAACCCAAAAAGAUAAUAAAGCAGAGAAAAGUAUAUUAAAUCUGAGAAGAUUAAUUUGAAUAAUAGUGCACUAAACUAUUAUGGUUGUAUAUGAGUGAAUAGAAGAUAUCAAACCAAGUCAUAACUCUCUUCUAAUAUAUAGAACUGCUAUACUAGCUAAAACAAAAAAAUUACUUCUAA